CAAACGCUGGCCUUUAACCACCGGCACAGAUAUAAACAGACUACAAACAACAAAUACCAAACAAACGGCGCCUCAAGUCUCAAGGUAUUGCGUUUUAGGCACUAUGGCAAACGUGGACAUAUCAAACAAUUUGGAGCGUCAUGUUGCACGGAGAACCUUUCCCCUUCUUGCCCGCACAAGGGUUUGUCGUAACCUUUUCGGACCCGUGGAUCAUGAGGAACUGCACUGUGAAAUGAAACGCAAACUCCAGGAGAUCUCCGAGCGUGACCAGAGCCGGUGGAAUUUUAACUUUGAGACCAAUUCUCCAUUGCCUGGGGACUACGAAUGGGAGGAGACGUCCGAGGACAGUUUACCGUGCUUUUACAAGAAUAAAGUGCAAAACAAGAGAGCGUGCGCCGCUGUUUCCGCGAACGCAACAGGAGAUGCGUCCGACACGGGUGACUGUGGAUUUCAUGUAUUAUCCAGGAGUCCAGUUCAAGAAUCCGCGGAAGUCCCGGGUAAAUCCAGCGAGAUAAAUCAGGAAAACCUCUCCGGUGCCAUCAACUCGAAACCUGCUCGCUCUUUAGUCGUAAGAAAUCGACGAAAGAGGACUUUAUUCCCAGAGCCCACUAGAAACAGCACUCCACAAAUCACAGAUUUCUUCCCGAAAAGAAAACGGAUCCUUGAAUCCAAGUUGGACGAACGUACCUCCCUUCAAGCCGGCACAUCCUCCAGCCUUGAAGUGACGCCGCGUAAAACAAUACGAUAAUGAUGUUUGCACUCCAGAAAAAAAUGCAGCAGUCCACCUGUGUUUAUCUGCAGAGCGGAUGAAAGAAACAAGGGGACGAGACCUUUCUGAACUCAGAUAUACAUGUAGCAAUAAUGGCUCCGCCAACAAAGACUUUGUUCCAGUGUUACAUUGUCUAAACGGUGCAAUUUUAUACUUUUUUGUUUUGUUUAAAUUGUGUAGAGGGCUAGGCCACACAGCUCUAAAUAGUUUAGAAAAAAGUUCAAUUUGCUUUUUUUUAAAUAUACUAACUUAUUUUAUUUAUGUUUCAAGAUAGUUUGUUUCUCUUUAUUAUUUACAGCUAUUGUUAUUGUUUUUAUUAUUUCCGACCAUAUUUUAUGUUGUAUUUUAUUUAAGGUUGUUUGCAAUUCAUUGUGUAAAGAAAUUUUUGAGCCUUGUGUUUAAACUAUGUUCUGU